UUCCCUUGUAAAGUCAGUUCCGUGCUAUUAUUGGAUUGAUCACUGUAUCGAUCUGAAGAAAAAGGCGGCAAAUAACCAGUAGUCACAAUGGUUACCAAGGAGGAAAUAGAUCCAGCUCAGGCCUUUGAGUCUAAAUUAAUGAGUCUGAAUAAGACUAUGGAUGAACUGACUGCUCGUGGAGACUCGGAGGUGCAGCAGUUCUACCACGGCACCACAGUGUUCGUGACAGGCGGCUCCGGCUUCCUCGGCAAGCAGCUCGUAGAGAAACUCUUCAGGGCCACGAAAGUAGCAAAAGUCUUCGUUCUGUUGAGACCAAAGAAAGGAAAACAGAUGUUGGAGAGGCUUCAAGAAAUGUUAAAGGACCCCGUUUUCGAUAUUCUUCGGGACACACAGCCAGACUUCAUUGACAAAUUAGUACCAAUAGCUGGUGAUGUCGCUGACAUGAGACUGGGAAUCAGCAAUAAAGACUGGGAUACUAUUACAGAGGAGACGGAUAUUGUAAUGCAUAUGGCUGCGACCACGAGGUUUGAUGAGCCACUUCGAGUUGCCACACUAAUUAACGUGCGAGGUGCAAGGGAGGCGCUACUCCUUGGAAAAGCCUGCAAGAAGCUCAAGUCCUAUGUCCACGUUUCAACAGCGUACGCGCAUGCCUGCGACUUCCGUAUCAACGGUGACGUGUUGGAAGAUUUCUACAAAAGUCCAGUUGACCCUGAGGCUCUCAUAAAGCUGGCAGAAACAACUGACGAAGAAAGACUUAAUAAGAUUUCUGAUAAUUUAAUUACCAAUUGGCCGAAUACGUAUUCGUUUGCUAAAGCCGUAGCCGAGGAGACAGUCAAGACUUUGGGCGAAAAUAUGCCUCUCUGCAUAGUGAGGCCAGCAAUAGUGGUUCCUGCCAAACGAGAGCCAAGACCAGGUUGGACAGAUAUCUCAAACGUUUAUGGAGCCAGUGGUACUAUGGCAGGAUCAGGUCUAGGUCUCAUGCAUGCUCUCUUCACGGACAACGAGACUCGAGUGGGUCUGAUCCCCGUGGACUAUGUCAAUAACACUACUAUUGCCGCCGCCUACGAAACAGCAAAGAGAGUAGCUGCUGGAGAUAACAGCAUUAAGAUCUAUACCGUUACUGGGUCUACGAGAAAUCCUGCAAAAUGGGGCAAGUUACAUGAAUAUAUAUCUACUGAAAGCAGAAAAUACACCACCCCGCUGGCUGUGUUCUACGGGUUUGCGUGGCAGACAACUAAUCCUAUCAUAUUCUGGAUAUAUUCCUGGCUUCUACAUCUGAUACCUGCCUACGUUGUCGAUGCUGUCUGCUUCGCUAUCGGAAAGGAGAGAAGAUUCGUAAAAAUUUACAAGAAAAUGUACAAACUACAAGUAGUAUUAUCUUACUUCACCUGUUUCCAAUGGCGGUUUAUCGACGACAACACUGCUAAACUCUUCGAUAGUUUAUCGGAAACCGACAAAGUUAUCUUCGAAUUUGAUGUGAAUAAAAUUGAUUGGAAAGAAUACAUGGUCAUUUGGUAUGUAGGAAUCAGAAAAUACAUUUUCAAAGAUGGUUUGAAAGGUACAGUGAAGGGAGUCCAAAGGCAACAGAUUUUCAAGUACCUCUCAUUUUUUAUUAUUGGACCUCUGUAUUUCUAUGCUUUAUUUAAAUUGUUCUUUUGGUCUUUGUUAGCUUUAUGUUAUACUUCGAGAUAUUUAUUGUCAAUAAAACUAUUUUAAUCUGU